ACGAUCCCCUCGCGUUCUGAAUUCUGAUUCAUUUCGGCCUGCGGUCUCGUUUCUAGAGAGAGAAAAUGAGCCAGGAAGACAAAUCCGCCGCCGUGGGUGUCGUCGUCCACCACCAUCACGAAUCCAAUUCCGGCCACCCUCUCUACGGAACCUUUCAAGGCGUCGCUAACUAUCCUCCCGUCGGAUUCCCCCAGCCUACUCGCCCGCCUGGUGUCUCCGACUCCGACGAUCCUUCUCAAUAUCAGGACUAUGCUCAUGGCUAUCAAGCUGUCCCCGGAUAUGGUAUUGUUGAAGGAAGACCAGUGAGAGAGCGGCGCCUUCCUUGCUGUGGUAUUGGCAUUGGGUGGUUCCUGUUUAUUAUUGGUUUCUUCCUUGCUGCUAUCCCAUGGUAUGCAGGAGCAAUUCUUAUACUAUGUGGCAGGGUAGACUACCGUGAGAAACCAGGAUAUGUUGCAUGCUUAAUUGCUGCUGUUCUUGCCACAGUUGCAAUUAUUUUCGGUGCCACAAGGGAAGCUGAUGACUGGUAGUGGUAAUCAAUCCUGUAAUUAAAAAUAUUGUAUAGUUUGCAAAUAUGUAUGACUAUUCAUCUGACCACCCAUAUCUUGAAGCUAGUUUCAUUGAAACCUGAUUCAGUGAGAGGCUAUAGAUAUUGCUUAGCGGUUGUUUCCCAUGUUGUGCUAAGGAGUGUGUCAUUCUACAAAAUCAUGUUAUUUAUUUGUUCUAUGUGUUAUGACUAUUCAUCUGAAACUCCUCUGUCGGAAUAUACUUAUCCUUUGGUUAAUAUAUUUCUUCUUUGUUGUC